UAUGUGCCCGCCCGAAUACGUAAGAGUAGAGUGACCGAAACCUCUGAAUUAAUGCCACGCGCUUCCAUCAAACCUCCCCGAGGAUGGAUACUUCUCCCCCUCAGUAGGCGCUCAGCUCGCCUUCGCACGCCGCAAUUCUCCAAUUAUGACCUUACGCCUCGAACCCAGACUCCUCGAGACCAUCCCAAGCAAGAGCGCUCCAAAUUUGCCAGAAGCGUGCUCGAAGGCAGCACCGUCGCCCUAAUCUCGCUCCUCGGUUUGGGCCUGGGCGGCUACGCGUACAGUCUGUUCUACAAGCAGACUGUGAUGAAGAAGAUCGAGAAGGCAUUCUCCAAAGGAUACAGCUCCAAUGAACUCGUCGCUAUGGGAAAAGUCGCCUUCGGCACCCAGCCAGAUAAAAUUCAGGAAGUACUGGAAAAAGAGUACUGGGUCCCCCGUUCGGAACAAACAUACAUCGAUGAUAUUGUCAGUGGCAAAGCUCGGGGGCGAUACUACUUGAUCCUUGGGGAGAGAGGCACUGGAAAACGUGCUCUACUACUCGAAGCUAUCCGCAAGAUACACGGGGAUGGAAUUGCAAUGAUGGAGGCACAUAAUGACCUCGAAGUCUUUCGUUUGCGCUUGGGUAAAGCAUUGGAUUACGAAUUCCACGAGGACUAUAUUGGCGGUCUUUUCAGCAUCAGAGGCCCUCGGGACAGUACCCCACUGCUGGAUAUCGAGAGAGCGCUGAACCAGAUGGAGAAGGUAGCAUUGAAGCUGCGACAAACGCGCGGACGGCCAUUGCUUUUGGUCAUCAAUAACAUUCAUCUGUUCAGAGACGAUGAAGCUGGGCGUAACUUGCUUGAAAUCCUGCAACAGCGAGCCGAGAUCUGGGCCGGAAACGAGCUUGUUACCGUCGUCUUCACUUCCGAUGAGUACUGGACUCAAGAGAAGUUGAUCCCACUUGCCACCAACAUGCACACUAUCCAUGUAAGAGAUGUUCGAAAAGACAUCGCGCUUGAGGCUUUGAAGAAAUACCGUGCUCGUUUCCACAACGAAGAAGUCCCUCAAAGCAUUCUGGACACUAUCUUCGCAAAGGUCGGCGGGCGUCUUAUCUUCCUAAAUCAGGUCGCAAAGUCGAAUGACAUGCUAGCCACAUGCGACCACAUCAACAGGAAGGAAAAAUCGUGGUUUCUCAACAACUGCUGGAUUCUCGGUGAUAGUAUGGACGACGAUGUGGAGGAGCCGCAGAAGUUCUGUGCGGCUGCCAUUAUUCUUGCUCGCGCUUUAGUGCUCAGAGAAAAGGACCAGAAAGACCCCGAAGGUGAUCCGAGGCUGCCAGAGAUACCUCUUCACGAAUCCCGACAAAUCAUCACUCGAGAGGAUUUCGUACACAGUUUCGACCAUAUCAACGUUUUCCACAUUGAUGGGAAAGGAAUGGUGAGAGCGGACUCUGUGCCUAUGCAAAACGCCUUCAGGGAAAUUUGCAGUGAGGAAGGCUUUGAAGAACAUCUUAAGGCGACGCUGAACCGCUUGGAUGAGCUGGAGAGCCUGGCCAGAACGCGCGAGGUUGCCAUCAGAGACCCUCCCGACCGAAGUGGUGGCAUUGUGCCUGUUCAAACGUAUUGUGCUAAAUUGUAGAUUCGUAAGCUUGCUAAGCUUCCGACCACGGGUUGUGUCUGUCUUGUUGGAACAGCAGCUCGGCAACCAGGCAACGCAACGACGGGGGAAUAUGAUUGAUCGCAA